AGCGAGCUCCGUUCCGUCCUCCUCUGUUUCAUUUGCAUCGAGCGCAGAGGAGACGCAGCUAAUGGCGAACUAGGGUUUCGGCCCCUCGACCAACAGAUCGGGCCGGCGAUCGACGGACGGGCUUAACCAGGUCAGGCUCUCAACCGCCUCCUCCUUGAUUCCUGGGCAAAAUGGUGGAUUUUUUUUUCUCCUUCCGGAAAUGGCUUCCUUUUCUUCUUGAUUCCGUAGCACAACCACCAGGUCGGAGCGGCGGCGGUUGCAAGAGGAGAGGAGAGGAGGAGCGCUCGCGGGAGCUGUACCAUGUCCAUGUGGAGGCAGCAUUACCACCGCGGCCACACGGGACAUGACAAGGAGCACUUCUUUGCCGUGGCUUCGGGUGAUUUCACCCGCAGUAUGUGCAUACCGUGGGAGGUUGGAAACCAUUUGGGGAGCAUGAUCUCUGAGACCAUCAAACUAGAAGCUCCUAAUGGCAUAUUCUGUAUUGGAGUGUGUAGAAAGCCGGGUGAACUAGUUCUUCAGUCUGGCUGGGAUAAGUUUGUCGCAAUGCAUCACGUAGAAGAAAAUUAUUCUUUUUGGUUUGUGUACCGUGGGAACUCUACCUUUAAGGUUCAUAUAUUCAAUCCCAACGGUCGUGAGAAGGCUAGUUCCUGUUCUCAACCACCUUCUCAGAGCUUUGGAGGUGUUCCACCUGGCGCUAUUUGCGAUCAUCAUGUGCUGAAUGAACAACUACUGUCUGAUCCUGGACAUGUUCAGACCUCCACUGACUCUGGCUAUAGCACAUUACCUGGCUGCCAUCUAACCAAAGCACAAGAUGAGAAAGUACGUGAAAUAGCUUGUACCAUGAGAUCUCAAGUUCCCCUUUAUGUGGCAGUCAUGAACAAAAGCAAUGUCAACUUGAAGGACUGCUCUGUUAACUUACCGUUAAAGCUUGUGGAACAUUUCAAAGAGGACACAUCUAAAGCUACUAUUCAACUAGAAGCCCCUAAUGACAAUAUAUACGGUGUUGAAGCUUGCAAGCACGGUGAUGACCAAAUAGUCCUCCAAUAUGGGUGGAGUAAUCUUGUAGAUGCUAAUCGCAUACAAGAGAAUGACUUGCUUAUUUUUAUAACCAAGGGUAAAAAACGCCUUGAAGUUCGUAUUCUUGGCACAAGUGUUCAUCAGAGAACCUCUUCAUGCUUUAAUACGGGAAAUAUUUCUAGCACUCAAGAAAUUUGUGAAGAUUCACUUGAAAUAACCGAUCCAACCCCUCAUACAGACUACUAUGUGAGUAGUUCUGAUGAUGAUCACAUUGUGGAAGAAGGCACUAGAAAAUCAUGCUACUAUGUGAGUAGUUCAGAUGAUGAUCACAUUGUGGAAGAAGGCUACUAUGUGAGUAGUUCUGAUGAUGAUCACAUUGUGGAAGAAGGCACUAGAAAAUCAUGCUACUAUGUGAGUAGUUCUGAUGAUGAUCACAUCGUGGAAGAAGGCACUAGAAAAUCAUGCUACUAUGUGAGUUGUUCUGAUGCUCAUGAUAUUGUGGAAGAAGGCACUAGAAAAUCAUGUAGGCGGCAGAAGCAGGCACCUAGUCACUGUGCAAAAGCUCAAAAGGUGGCUUCAACAUCCUCCCCAUCUGCUGCUAAAUCAGGAUAUGAAGCUCACACGCUGAAUGAGCGAGCAUCUGUGGAGUUUGGGGUCGAUUUGGAACCUCAUAGCUCCACCAGCAAUCUCAAGGGGCCUUCCCAGCAUCCCUACAUUUUAUCUGAAAAAGGGACACCUCUAACUAAUGUGGAGAAGAAGAAAGUUGAGGAGAAAGUUCAAGCGAUUCAAUCUGAACUUCCUAUCUUUGUGGCACUAAUGACCAAAAGCCGGAUUAAUACCCAUCAUUUGGACGUCUGCAAGGAAUACGGUUCAAGAUACAUUCCACACAUAAGCAGAAGAAUGCGUCUCGUGCUUCAGUCGGAAGGAAGCACGACGGAGCAGCCAGCCAAAGUGGUAAUAAAUCAGAAUGGUAUGAGGUGGAUUCGUAGUGGCUGGAAGAAAUUCGUCGCCGACAAUGAUGUGCAGGAGGGGGAUAUCGCUCUCUUUGAACGGGCAAAGAGCACGAAAAAGCUCAGGAUGACCGUGUAUUUCGUCCGCAAGUCAGACAUAGAGGUGUAGCUCAAGCCCUAGUAUGUACUGGUAGCUAGUAAUACAUUGUCUGUAUGGUUCUAACCGUGGUACCCUGCCAUGACAAGGAGUGAACUUGUAUCUAAUUUGGGAUAGGUUGGAGUCUAAUCUGCCUCUAGUUAGUACUGUCUGAUGCUCAUAUAUUAUUUGUGAUUAGGAGGAUGGCUCGAGGUAAACUGCACACACCAUUAUGUUACGUGCAUGCUGUGUUCAGCUGGGAUUGGAUUACAGCGCUCGUUCGUGAACUAACUGUUUGGUUGGACUG